CAGAUUCCGGGUCCUUUCAGCACAUCACGUUGUUCCUGGUCCGAUUCUUUGAGUCCAGUUCUUUGGUUAGUCUACUCGGCUCAGAUGUACCGACCUCCGGUCAGAUCUCCGCGGAGUCCUGGAAGGUUCCCUUCCCCGGCACGAGGCUGGACUCUCCCCGGGAGUCGGUCUCCGUGCUGGCGCUCGCCUCGGGCGCGGGUCCCGGACUCUCCGGGUUCUCCAAGGUUCUCCUCGGUUCCUAACAGCGGAUGCCAAGGUUUCGGGGAUCACACGCGGAACCAGGGAUUCGGUUUCCGGCGGCCUCAGUCCUUCAGUCCGACCGGAGCUCCGAACUUGCAGUCCAGACCUUCAUACAUGGAGAAAUAUUUCAGCCCUUCCAUGCUCCAGGAUCCCUGGAGAACUCUGAAGCCCAUCUCUGCUGCCGAAGCCAACGCCAAGAGGGUCACCUGACCAGCUGACGGUGGUCACAUGACCACGAUAGACAGUUGGUUGUAUUUUUGCUUCAAACUGCCGACUAUAAACAAGUUUUAUAAUAAAUCUAACAAAGUUAAAUCAGGUCUUCUGGACGGGUUCAAAAA